AUGCAUGUCGUCGGCCGCCGCGUCUCGAUCGAUCAAAUAUCCUCGUCGACUCCGUCACCAUCGUCGUCGCGCGCUGGGAAGUUGGAGAGCAGAGGACCUAGCAGAAGUCAGAUCGGACGGGAUGGACGACGGGUGAUGGAGGGAGGCGAUUGGCGUCUGCGAGUUCUGGUGGCGGAGUGGCGAUGGUUGGCGACGGGAUGGAGGGAGCCAAUGGUCGGAUUUUCUUCUUCUCCUACUCCUCUUGUGUGGUGGGACGGUGAAUGGGAAACAGAAAGUUGA